GUUAUAAAGGUCGAGCAGACUGCGAGGUCGUUCACACAGUCAACAUGAAGGUCCUCCUGCUCCUAGGGUUUGUCGCGGUCGCUCUGGCUGAAGUGACGAGAUUCGAUGGUGAGAAAGUCUACCGUCUCAGGCCAAAGACUGACGAGCAUGUGGCCAUCAUCAAAGAGUUAGCUGGCAACAUUGAGGUGGACUUCUGGAGCCCAGAAGGUGCUGAGCAGGUGGUGGUGAGCACUGAGGUGGACAUCCACGUGGACGCUGCCCACACUGAUAUCGUCAGCACUCUGCUGCAGCAGAGCGAGAUGGAGCACGAGGUGCUGGUUGAGGACCUGCAGGCUUAUGUGGAGGAUCAGCUGGACAACCAGGAAACUAAGGCCUACAACUACAUGAAGUACAACAGCUGGGACAAAAUUGAGGCUUGGAUCUCCUCCAUGGCUUCAUCUAAUCCCAGUCUCAUUAGCACACAAGUGAUUGGUACAACCUUUGAAGGACGUGCUAUGACUGUCAUGAAGAUUGGUAAGCAGUCUAGCUCCACCAAGCCUGCUAUCUUCCUGGACUGUGGCAUCCAUGCCAGAGAGUGGAUCUCCCCUGCCUUCUGCCAGUGGUUCGUCAAAGAGGCUGUGGAGACCUAUGGAAGCGAUGCCCAGAUGACCAGUCUCCUGGACCAAAUGGACGUCAUUGUUCUGCCUGUCUUCAACAUUGAUGGCUAUGCAUACACCUGGUCUAAUAACAGAAUGUGGAGAAAGACCCGCUCCAGGAGGUCCGGUUCCUCUUGCAUCGGUACUGAUCCCAACAGGAACUUUGAUGCUGGCUGGUGCACCACUGGAGCCUCCAGCAACCCCUGUAGUGACACCUACUGCGGCUCCAAGCCCGAGUCUGAAGUGGAGGUCAAGGCCGUGGCUGACUACAUCCGCAGGAACCUCUCCACCAUCAAGGCCUAUCUGACAGUCCACUCCUACUCCCAGCUGCUGCUGUUCCCAUACUCCUACUCCUACCAGCUGGCGGCCCACCACAGCGAGCUGCUUCAGGUAGCUGAGGGAGCAGCCGAGGCUCUACGCAGUCUGUAUGGCACACGAUACACCAGCGGCCCUGGUGCUACAACCAUCUACCCCGCUGCCGGAGGCUCCGAUGACUGGGCCUAUGACCUGGGGGUGAAGUACUCCUACACCUUCGAGCUGCGUGACACUGGACGUUACGGCUUCCUCCUGCCUGAGAGCCAGAUCAAGCCCACCUGCGAGGAGACCAUGCUGGCCGUCAAAUACAUUACUGCCCAUGUGCUGGAGAACCUCUACUAGGAAGUUGUGCUUCAGCCUGUGUUGAAGUAACACGUGCAAUAAAGUAUCUAAAAAUC